AUGGGUCAAGCGCAAUUCGAAUCCCAACCGCCAACAUCGCCGGUUCGACUUGUAGAUGAUGAAGAAGUCGUCCCGAUUCGCCACCUCAAAAUCUCAAGCGCAAAAAAAAAUAAGGGGAAGGCGGUUGAAACCGUAGUCGAAACCAAAGGCGAUUCGAAACCAAAGGCGAGACCUUGGACAAAAUUAGAGGAGGAGGCGCUAGCAAUGGCGUGGGUUAAGUCCUCAACUUGCCCGAUUAUCGGGAACAACCAAACGGGUAGUGGUUUUUGGAAGGUGAUAAUGGAGAAAUUUAACGCGAUUAUGGAGCAAGGCCCGAUGCGCGAUGUCGAUUCCGUCUCUGGUAAGUGGCGUAAAAUGAUCAAGGUCAUCAACCGCUUUAGCGGUAUUUAUAACCAAUAUUACACUAAUCCUCCUAGUGGGAACGAGGAGGACAUUCUCAACCUUGCUUUGGCUAAGUGGGAUGAUAAGAAUACAACUCCUUUCCAACACCUCCGAGCAUGGAACGUUUUAAAGAAAGAAAACAAAUGGAAGCCUAUUCCAAACGAGGUGUUUGCCGUUCACGAGUCGGGACGUCCCCCUGGAAGGGACAAAGCAAAAAAAGAGGCGGUCGAAAAGAGAAAAGCGGGCGGCUCGAACCAACCGUCUUCCGGGGCCGUUUCGAAAAUGGACGAGUUGAUAUCCAAAUUCCGUUCGUUCAAAGAGCUCACGACGGAAAAAUAUAGUUAUAUGAAAAACUUAUCGGCCGACCAUGCUCGAGCGGAGGAUUUUAGGAUUAUGAGGUUGGAUCUCGACUCGGUUCCGGAGGAUGAACGCGAGGUUUACCGGAGGAUGAAAGAGAAAGUUAAGAAAAAAUGGGCGUCGUAG